CAAGAGGUAGAAUGGCGUCAGUACAAGCCUUUCCCCAAGAAGCAGACGUGUCCCACUUUGUUGAGUCCUCACGUUCAUCUAGCUUCAACAGGCAAACAGAUCGGUGGAGGUCGACAACAUGGACGAAAAUACAGAUUCGGGGAUCUCACUGGAGCCGUACAUCGAAUCCAUGCGUCAGCAACUGGAAGACCAGGAUCAGAUUUUCCUCAUCGGGGUCCUCGUCGCUUUAGCGGUUGUGCUCAUCACCUGUGUUUUUCUCAAAUACUUUUUGACCAGUAAAACAGUCCGAAGUGCGGUGCUGCUAGUCGGGCUAUGCGACGCGGGCAAGACGCUUCUCUUCAGCCGACUGCUCUCUGGGAAGUUUAAACGGACUCAGACAUCCAUUACAGACAGCAGUGCUCCCUAUAAAGUGAUAAAUGAAAGGAACACCAUCUGGACUCUGAUAGACCUGCCAGGUCAUGAGAGUUUGCGUUCACAAUAUUUGGAAAAGUUCAAAUCAGCAGCCAGAGCCAUUGUGUUCGUAGUGGACAGCGCCAUCUUCCAGAAGGAAGUGAGAGAUGUUGCCGAGUUCCUGUAUGUGCUUCUGACCGAUGCCGUGCUCUGCAAAAACACCCCCACAUUCUUGGUUGCGUGCAACAAACAAGAUAUCACCAUGGCAAAGUCAGCCAAACUGAUUCAGCAGCAACUGGAAAAGGAACUGAACACACUGCGGGUGACCCGCUCGGCAGCACUGAGCUCCCAGGACGGUUCGGGGGGUGGAAGCGUGUACUUGGGAAAGAAAGGCAAGGACUUUGAAUUCAGCCAGCUGCCCAUUAAAGUAGAAUUCCUGGAGUGCAGCGCCCGUGGAGCCAAAGGUGAAGAGGCCGAGGCUGACAUCCAGGCCUUGGAGAGCAGUCUGGCGAAACUGUGAAAAGAAAAAAAAAGUGAGGACUUCACUGGCAGGCAACAUCCAUGCUUAAGUCAAGAAUUU